UUACAUGUCGUAGUAAAAAAAAUAUAUUACUAAUAAAAAACCUACAGUUAAACACGGUGAAUAUCUGCUCAAUUAUAUGUACUAGCUUCGAAGUUCGAUCUGAUCAGUAGCUUAUAAAUAGAUCAUGCAGUUCAGCCAUUAUUUAAAUUAUGUAUUAUCUGUGCAAUAAAAAUGUGUGAAUUAUAAUAAAAGGUCAGAAAUUAACUUACCUGCAACUUUGUGCACCGUUGCCUCGUACAUCCGCCUUUAGGUUUUUUUUUCAGUCCACCUCUACACUCAAUUAUAUGAACAGAACUUUCAUCAAGUCCGUCUAAAAAAUCAUUACAAUUGAUAUUUUUUAUAUGUGACGUUGGAACAAUGCUCCAGCUUUCCUUUUCAGUCUCAUCUUUCCACUCAACAAGGGCGAACAUUCUUGAUCCGUUGGUCUAUCUAUACUGAAUGAGCGUACCGGUAUUUGGCGGUCUUUUGACUGUUUGAAUUUUGGCGCGCCUAAAGAUAGGCUACAGUCUAAAGUAUCACGAGAUUCAGUCUGCAAUCGCGGUACUUUGAUUCUCGCAAUGCUUGAGCGCUAGUUGUUCUGUCCUGAUUGCUCGAUGAAUUUGAACAUUUUGAGUUUCCAAAGAUCAUAUAUGUCGGUUCGCGCCCGUUCACCUUUUGCUACGUGAUAUGAGAUGAAGUACAAGAAGUAUCUCUUGGAGAACAAAGACAUUCCACGAACAACACAGCAUCGCUGGAGAAGACGAACCCACCAUGUUGGAGUCCGUGGACCUCAAAAUGCUGUCGUUGAUAUGUUACAGCAAGACCCAGCUUUUUUUGACAUGCGUAUCAAGCACAUGAGCGAUACUUUGCAGCAGAAUCAGACUUCAGAAGACCAGAAUCCAGUUUUGACCAUCAGCCCUGUACAGACAUCCAGUCAGCAAGAAGUUGCAAAGGAUUCAACUACACCUCAUGGUUCAAGCAUCCUACACAAUAAAGUGGAAGUCAAUGUGCAGGUACUCUUUCAUGAGAAACAGAAAACGACUGACUACCAAGAAGAAUCAAGUGAGGGCAAUGAUGACAUUCAACAUGGCACUACAGAGAAUGAAAUUAUGGAGAAAACGCCCAGCAAUGAAAGCCAUGUAUCUCCUUUAUGGACAGUGUCAGAAUACAGUGAGAAAGCACUACAUGAACAAAAAAGAAAAGAGCAUGAGUUGCUCCUCCUAGCUCUAAAAUUAAAACAUGGUUUGACCGAUGAAGCACUAGAAGACAUGCUUCAAGUCAUAAAUGCUAUCACCGGUAAACACUCAGUGUCAGCUACUAAACAUCACUUCUACAAAAACAUGACUGAUUAUAGGGACUAUAUUAUUAUCAAGCAUUUCUGUUCAGAUUGUAUGGUCUUAAUGGAAACAAAAGAUGAAAAAGUAGGUUGCAGAAUUUGCGGCAAACAAGUUGAUGCAAAGGAGCAUGUGAAAUCGGGCAACUUUUUUAUUGUUCUCCCUCUAGAAGCACAACUACGAAAUAUUAUUGAACAACACAAGUUUUUGCAGUUGACCGUCAAUAACAAGGAUGACGUAAAUGGACACUUGGGUGAUGUAUGUGAUGGUGUGCUCUAUAAAAAGACCUUGCAAAUCUUCACAACUUUAAAUGAUUGCCCCAAUUUUUCAAUCACCUUUAGUUGUGAUGGUGUACCUUUAAUCAAAUCCUCUUCACAGUCCAUAUGGCCCGUGUUGUGCACUUUAAAUGAACUACCUCCCGAUCUGAGAUCUGACCAUAUUAUGUUAACAGCAUUGUGGUUUGGAGCUAAAAAGCCCCCGAUGAACAUGUAUCUUGAACCAUUUGUGAAUGAGUGCACGGAUCUACAUGAGCGUGGCUUUGAUUGGGUUACAUCUGAUGGUGUACAUGGUACCAGCAAAGUAUAUGCUUUAAUACUUGUAAGUGAUUCCGUUGCCCGUCCACUCCUACAGAACUUUAAGCAGUUCAAUGGGGAGUUUGGAUGUUCUUUUUGUCUUCAGAAGGGAACAGUUGUCGAACGUGGUCGGGGAAAGGCCAGGGUUUACCCAUUUGAGGAAAAUAUAGAACUUAGAUGUCAAAGUCAGACUUUGGAGCUAGUUACGAGAGUUGUUGAGACGGGCACACCUUCAGCAGGUGUGAAAGGACCGUCGGUGUUGUCCCUUUUACCUGGAUUUGAUAUAAUUGAGGGAUGUGUCCCUGAUUACAUGCACAGUGUCCUCCUUGGAGUUACAAUAUCAAUCACUUCGCUAUGGUGUGACUCUGAAAACCACCAAUCUCCUUGGUACUUAGGCAGGUCCAUACAACAAAUUGACAAACUACUGUUAAAAAUAAAGCCCCCAAGUAAUGUCUCCAGAACACCUCGAUCCAUAAAAGAAAGACGUUACUGGAAAGCCCAUGAAUGGCUGAUGUGGCUACUUUACUACAGUAUCCCCAUUCUUAAGGGGAUUCUACCUGAGAGAUACCUUAAUCAUUGGCUGAAACUUGCAAGUGGCAUAGCUUUGCUGCUAACCACAUCGAUUUCAUCUCGGCAGCUUUUAGAAGCACAGGACCUUCUUCAUCAGUUUGUAUCUGAGAUGGAGCCCCUUUAUGGUAUAGGCAAUGUCAGCUUUAAUGUUCACCUCUGCCUUCAUCUCUCUAGAAGUGUCCAGAAUUGGGGGCCAUUAUGGGCCCAUUCUGCCUUUCAAUUUGAGGCCUAUAACAUGGACUUGAUCGAAAUGGUGAAAAGCACCCAGUCUGUGCCCAUCCAAAUAUGUAAAGUUUUCUGGAUGAAAAAAGCACUUCCACUGUAUGCCAGUCAAACACUGAAAAAUCCCUCCUCAGAGUGUAGUGCUGUUCUUGGGCAGUUAUUGAGUGGAAAACGAGAGCGAAAGCAUGCAGUGAGGUGUUUGGGAAUUACAGCUUUUGGACCACCCAAGAAAAAAAUGAUGGCACAUGAUGACUACAUUGCUUUGCAUAGUGUUGGUGAUAGGGUGGAGAAGCAGGUUGUAGAAUAUUAUGAUCGAGUGUUUGUCAAUGGUGCGAUCGUUCACUCCCAGGCAUACCACCGUUCAAAGAAGAGAAAUUCAACUGUAGUUCGUUUAAAAACUGACAACACAUACUUCUCAGUUAAAACAUUCAUGGUGACAGAUGUAGGAAACGGCAGUACUUGUUAUGCUAUUGGUCGCUUUUUUGAGGAGGGGAAGCACAGCUUUUCUGCUUGUGUUCAAAAUCCUCUACACUUUCAUUCAGUUGAGAAGGUGCUGUCUCACCUAACUGCUGUACAUGCCUCAGCAAUUGAACACAAAUGUGUGUACAUGCCUUUAGAACAGCACAGAUGUGAUUACAUUUUGAAUUUUCUUAACUAUUAUGAAGUAACCGUUUAAUUUUGGUAUUUUUUUGGUCUGGCAUCAGUGUCAUCAGUUUUUGCAGCUCUGACAAGCUUUGUUGAAAGCACCAAAAGUUUGUUUUCUUUGAAUGCUAGUGGAGAACCCAGGGUUUGCAUAGCUGCUUAAGUUAAGAGAAAUGCGUUUAAAUUAAGGACCCUGGAUUUUUUAAGACAAACAAAACUGUAUAUUAUUCUGUAAUCUGUAUGCAUCUGCAUAUGUAGUGCAUGUAUGUACUUUCUUA